AGAUUUCCAGGGCUCUGAGGAAAGGAGGACUCAGACUCUGCUCUUCAGAUCCACACGCUGAUCCCCACUACAAUCAGUGACCUUAACUCGGAGUCGAGUAGGACACGCAGGUGGCCCUGGUGACUGAGAUGACAUCCUCUCUAAAGAUUUGGGGCACACUCUUGGCCCUGCUUUGCAUCCUUUGCAGGCUUUGUGUAUACGGUAACAACAUUUACUGGAGAGAAUUCAUAAAACUUCAUUACUUAAGUCCAAGUCAAGAAUUCAAAGAGUACAAAUGUGACGUCCUCAUGAGAGAAAAAGAAGCUCUGAAAGGCAAGAGCUCUCAUAUGUUCAUGUAUAGCUUAUGGUUCAAAAUUCAGCGUGCAUGCAUCAAUGAGAAGGGGAGCGACCGAUACAGAAAUGCAUAUGUAUGGGCCCCAGGUGCCCUCAAAGUACUAGGGUGUCACUGGGAGAAGUACAACAAUAGGUACGCAGAGAGCAGAAGCUUCAGCUACGUUGAAUUCCAUUGUGGCAUAGAUGGAUAUGUUGAUAGCAUAGAAGACCUGAGGAUUAUAGAACCUAUCAGCAACUAGAAAGUCUAUGCACAUCCUCAGAUAUUGGUAGAGUAUUCAGUGCUUUCAAAGUGAUGGGCCCUGCCUCCAUCAAUAGCCCCUGCCACUCCCCACUUACAUUUAUGUGUCAGUGUUUUCCAAGUACUUAGAGUUUAGGUACCUCGUGAUUUCUUGAUACCAAAUCUUCAUGUGGUUUCUGUAUCUGUAAUACAAUUUUGUCCUAAUUUGCCUAAUUUACACCCACAUUUUUUCCAAGAUUCAGCUCAUAUGGCAUCUGUCCUUGACUAACCUAAGACUUUUCCUGAUAUUGACUCUCUUUAUACCUACCCAAGCUGAACGACCCUCCUUUUCUUAAAUAAAAUAUAUUAUUCUAAUGUA